CUCUCGUUUGUUGGGGCGUGUGUAUGUGUGUUUGGGGGACUGAGGGGUACGUGGGGGCGAGACGAACCGGCCAUGGCAGCAGCAGAGGAGGAGGACGGGGGCCCCAAAGGGCCAAACCGCGAGCGGGGUGGGGCGGGUGCGACCUUCGAAUGUAAUAUAUGUUUGGAGACUGCUCGGGAAGCGGUGGUCAGUGUGUGUGGCCACCUGUACUGUUGGCCCUGUCUGCAUCAGUGGCUGGAGACGCGGCCAGACCGGCAAGAAUGCCCAGUGUGCAAAGCCGGCAUCAGCAGAGAGAAGGUUGUCCCGCUCUACGGGCGAGGGAGCCAGAAGCCCCAGGACCCCAGAUUGAAAACUCCACCCCGACCCCAGGGCCAGCGACCAGCUCCAGAGAGCAGAGGGGGCUUCCAGCCAUUUGGCGAUACCGGGGGCUUCCACUUCUCCUUCGGUGUUGGUGCUUUCCCCUUCGGCUUUUUCACCACCGUCUUCAAUACCCACGAGCCUUUCCGCAGGGGUGCAGGUGUGGAUCUGGGACAGGGUCACCCAGCCUCCAGCUGGCAGGAUUCCCUCUUCCUGUUUCUCGCCAUCUUCUUCUUUUUCUGGCUGCUCAGUAUUUGAGCUGUGUCUCCUUCCUGCCCACCUCCAGCCAGAGGAGAAUCAGUAUUGGGGGUCUCUGCUGACCCUUCCUUACUUCUGGACCCCCGUCCCCAGCCCUUCUUUUCGUUGGCCAAGGCUAACCCUGGUCACUCCCGGGAGGGCGUGGGGAGGAGGAGUGACAGCUGCGCACAGGAUGAGAGAGCCCCUUGCUCUGAACUGCUGGUGGGGACCCCGGGCCCGGGCGGGGAGGACAGACGGAAGAGUGUCUGCUUCUCCUUCCCUAAUGCUUCGCUUUCCCUCGGUUUCUUGAUUUGAUGUUGAAAGGUGGGCACGGUUCCCUCUGACUCUCCCUCCUCCUCUUCCCGUUGGUUUAAUUUAAUUUUUCUUGCCCCAGUAUCUAAUAUGGGUUUUGAUUCUAAGUGUUCACCCUUCCCACUACCUCCUUUAUUACAAAUUCAAUAAAAAGGUGAAAUGUA